AUGUCCUGCUUCAAAGCUCCCAAUGAAAUUCCGCGCGAUGGUUGGAACAAAGAUAGUCUCGGAACCUAUGCUAGCCCAGUUGCAGCGCGAAUUCGUCGGAUGCUGGCUGUCAGUAUUGGCAUCUUCCAUGCACUUGUCGUGCUUGGGUACAGCGACAACAACAGUCUCGUAUGCCUGCACCCUGAGAACUUGAACAACGGACUUUUCACUUGGAACCCUUACACUUCGGUCUGCUUGUUUCUUAUUAUCUGUAUUGGAGGUCCCCUGCGACUUACAGCCUUUGCUCAACUCGGAAGCAACUUCACCUUCAAGCUUGGACCCCCCGACACUUUGACCACGGAUGGUAUGUAUCGAUACAUGCAACAUCCCGGAUAUACAGGACAAAUCGUUGUCAUGGUCAUCAAUCUCUCCAUGUUUCUGCGCUGGGACGGUGUGGUUGGAUGCUUAGUUCCUCGCGCCCUGCAGUCCGCGUUGAGUGGAUGGGGACUCAUUUGUUGUUCGGUCUUUACAUUUGGAAUCCUACGAAGACUUAUGAUGAGGGUUAAAGAUGAAGAAGAGAUGCUCAAGAAGACGUUUGGAGACAAAUGGGUUGCGUGGAAUCGAGUUACAGCGCGGUUCAUCCCAGGCAUCUACUAA